UCCCAGUUCCACAAAUGUCAACUCAAUCACCUCUGUGAAUUCUCACCUACACAAGGACAUUUCCUGAACUCUAGAGUAAGGGGAAGAUGUGAAACACACAAAGCUCCAUGGCUGCUGGCAAAGUUUAAUUUUUCAGGGAGAGGGAGAUCGUGUUAGGAGCACAGGAGGAGGUCAUCAAAGCAACCUGCUCCAAGCAAAUCAAGAACAGCCAACUGUAUCCCGAAUGCAGGAGCUUUUGUGUCCUGAUAGCAGCACAGGAUAUCUGAGCGGACUCCCUAUGGUGGAAUCCUAAAUGAAGGUUGAGCAUCACUUUCCAUUAAAUGUGGGGAGGAGGACCUAGGACAAGGGAGAGACACAUAAGUUGGCUUUAUGCGCAAGUAAUGUUGCUGCUCUAAGCCCUGCUCAGCACUGCGCACGUCUACAGUAGCAGAGACUGUCGCUCUCCAGAGUCUUCAGUUGCUCUGAACAACCUCAACGAUGAGUAACCUACACUUGCUCAUGACUGAUAAACCAAGAGUGGGGCUUUGGAUCUUGGUGAUUCUAACAGUUCCCAUAUAUUUCACAGCAGUGAAAGGUAUCUCAUCAUGGGGUCUGGAAAACGAAGCUUUAAUUGUCAGAUGUCCAAAAACUGAAGGGUCCCGUUAUCCUGUGGACUGGUAUUACUUGAAAACAAAUGAAAGCAUUCCUACUGAGAGAAGAAAUGGAGUCUUUGCUUCAGGGGAGCGGCUUAAGUUUCUCCCUGCCAAAGUGGACAAUUCUGGAAUUUAUACUUGCAUUAUCAGAAGUCCUACCCGGAAUAGGACUGGUUAUGCAAAUGUCACCAUCUAUAAAAGACCAACAGAUUGCCACAUUCCACAUUAUUUGAUGUACUCAACAAUAUCUGGGUCAGAAAUAAAUCCCAGAAUAUAUUGUCCCAAGAUUGACCUCUACAAUUGGACAGCUCCUCUUCAGUGGUUUAAGAACUGUAAAGCUCUUCAAGGAUCAAGGUACAGGACACACAGGUCAUUUUUGUUCAUUGACAACGUGGGGCGUGAUGACGAAGGUGAUUACACAUGUAAAUUCACACACAGUGAAAAUGGGGUCAGCUAUAACGUGACAGCAACCAGAUCAUUCAUUGUUAAAGAUAAGCCAGGAGUUUCUGUGUUUCCAGUGAUUGUGACCCCUUCCUACAAUGAAACAAAGGAAGUGGAAAUUGGAGAAACGGUGAACAUCACCUGCUUGGCUUGCUUUGGGACAGGGGCGCAGCCCUUCGCUGGUGUCCUGUGGCAGGUGAACCGAAGCAAUAUCAAGGACUUGGGUGGAGCACGAAUUCAAGAUGAGCAAGGGGAAAAUCAAAGUUCUAGCAAUGACAUGACUUGUCUCAACACCGUGUUAAGAAUAACCGAAGUGAAGGAAGAGGAUUUGUCCCAGGAGUACGACUGUGUGGCCUGGAAUUUUCACGGGGUGAUACGGCACGCUGUGAGGCUGAUAAAGAAAGACCCAAUUGACCGUCGAAGCGUCUACUAUGCAGCUGCAGGAUGCAGUGUCCUGCUGAUGCUAAUCAAUGUCGUGGUGAUAAUCCUGAAAGUGUUCUGGAUUGAUCUUAGUCUGCUGUGGAGAGACAUAGCCAGACCUUACAAAACAUUGAAUGAUGGAAAGCUCUAUGAUGCUUACGUUAUAUACCCGAGAGACCACGCACAUGGUUCCGAGGGGCCCAGCUCUGUGGAGUACUUUGUCCACCAGAUUCUGCCCGAUGUUCUUGAAAAUACAUGUGGAUACAGCUUAUGCAUUUAUGGGCGAGAUCUGCUACCUGGAGAAGAUGUGGCCACUGCGGUGGAAGCCAGCAUCCGAAAGAGCAGGCGGCACCUGUUCAUCCUGACGCCACAUGCGUCACACAGCAAGGAGUUCUCCUAUGAGCAGGAGGUGGCCCUGCACUGCGCCCUCAUCCAGAGCGACUCCAAGGUGAUUCUGAUCGAGAUGGAGGUGGAGGGUGAGCCCAGCGGACUGCAGGCUGCAGGGCUUCAAGAUGCCCUCAGCCACCUCGUACAAGUGCAGGGCACCAUCAAGUGGAGGGAAGACCACAUGGCCAACAAGCGGUCCCUGAACUCCAAGUUCUGGAAACACCUGAGGUACCAAAUGCCAGUGCCCAGAAGACCCCCACAAAGAGGCUUCCAGUGAGGUCUCUGGAUGCAGGAAUAGCUGUGACACCCCUUCCAGUUGUUACGGCAUCAGCAACUGGCAGAUCUAAGCAUGCAGGGAAGGCUGGUGACCUGGUACCAGGUACUGAGGACCAUGGGUGGUAGUAGGAGAGUCGAGGAUCAUUGGAUGGACCUCCCACUGUGUCUAGUGGCUCCACUUUCAUCUUGCUGAUUCUGGGUGGAUAAAGAAUGUCCAGAAAUGUUUGCUCCCAAGCCCUCUGAUCUUCAUGGUUGUAUUCUGUGGUGACAUGGGAUCUUUUUACAGUGCUUUUAUUCUUUCUCAUUUUCUAUCUCUCUUUCUCCUCCCUAUACCCUUUCCCUCUCCCCAUCUGCACUUUAGGGGAGCGGUGGAUUGAGCCCAGGGCAUCUUCACGCUAGGCAAGUGUUCUACCACUGAGCUGCAUCCCAGCCCCUCUCUCCUUUUCGCUUUCUCUUCUUCCUACAUCAAUAAUCGACAUUCUGAAUGGCAAAUGGAAACUUUUAGAGUUAAGUUUUGGUGUCAUCUCAAAGAAUAUUCUAAUCCUCACAGGCAGAACUUAGGUAUUAUAAACACAGGCCCAGCCUGCCCUUAUUUCCUUAUUACACUUUAUUUGUUAGUUGCUCAGUUCUAUCAUCAUAGUUUUCCCAAUUAUGUUCAGAUACUUUAUCCAAAUUAUUAUUAAAAUUAAAGUUCUUUCUGCACUAAAGUUUCUUUUAUAUAGCUUUUUGUCUAGAAAAUUAUUUUCUUACUAUAAAAUUGACAGAAGCUUAUCAUAGAAAAGCAAAAAUUAUAAAGGAAAAGAAUGAAAACCAUUCCUAAAUCCAUCAUCUUAAUUAUUAUUGGUUAUUUUUGCUACAUUUUCUUCUAUUUUUAAAAUUUUAUUUUUCAUUUUAAUUUUGUUUUGUGGUGUUCGUGAUAGAACCCAGGACUGACGCAUGCUAAAUCAAUACUCUUGGUGUAGAUCAUUGAACUACAGUCCCAAUGUAAGUGUUCUACCACCUGUAAGUGUUCCAUGGUAAGAGUCAAAUAAAAAAUUGGCCUUUUUUGAUAAAACAUUAAAAAUCAUUUGUAUAGAUGGGAUUAUACCAUAUUAUGUGGCGUAACUUAAAUAUAAAGUAUCCAGCAAAGACUUGUGUCUUGAGGGUGCUAACAUCAUCAAUGGGUUAACCCAUCUGUGAAUUCAUAGCCUAACCAGCUGUAGGAGCUGGAGCCUAACUGGAUGAGCCAGGUCACCAGGGCCUGUCUGCCUUUGAAGAGUGUAUCAGCGACGGCUAACCUUUUACAGCUUUGGAAGAUAACAAACAGCCUACUAUGGCACUUGUGUUAUAGGUUCACCACCACUGUCUUGGUCCCUUUCCUGACUCUUUGACACUUUCCAUCUUUCUCUCUGCUUUCCUUCUGCCACAAGGUGAACAGUUUUCCUCCACCAUGCCCUCCCACUGUGAUUUUUCUCCCUCAUCACAGGCCUAACACAAAUGGAGCCAGAUGACCGUGGACCAUGAAACCAUGAACCCAAAUAAGCCUUUUCUCUUUUAAAUUUUAUAGGUCAGAUAUUUUGUACCACCAACAGAAAAGUGAAUUUUACAUUUUUUAACCCAAAAUCAUAAUGAAAGUUGUUGGUACAUCACUGAAUUUUUUUAACAUUUUAAAAUAUCCACAAUGUUCCAUUUCAUGGUUGUGCUACAUUGGAUGGAACUGAAAAUUCACCGUUAUAAAUAUUUCUGCCAUGACCAUAUCGGUAUAUGUUAUACCUCUCAAUUAAUUCAUUUAUUAAAGAGUUAGAGACUGCUUUGUGUGUUACAAUAUUUUUAUUAAAUUACUAGAGUAUUUUUGGCAGAGUAUGUUGAUAGAACUAAGUUAAUUUGCAGCCGGGGUUAAUUCCCUGCAGGACAGCACAUCACUCAGGACCGCAGGAGCCCAUUGUGGUAUCCACGGCUGAGUGUCUGCUGGAACCCUGGUUUCUGAGGACAGGUGUCCUUGAUCCCACCCUCACUCUGGUUAUAGUGCCCAUGGCCUGCAGAGGAUGUAGGUGACACCUCAAAGUCUGCAAGCAAGUAGUAAGAUCCUACUCUAGCUGAAGCAUGAAAUAAGUUAAAUGAGUUCAUAUUUUACGAGCAAGAGAAAGCUGAGAGACACAUUCAGUGCCUUUUAGAAUCCUGACUGAAAUCAUAUUUCCAGGGUGCUGUCUAACAUAUCUAUAGCUAUUCAUCUUUCUAGGAAGAUUAAGACCCUAUAGUCUUAAUCUACUGCCUCAGACGGGGUUGCCAGAUGAAAGAGGACAUCAGUUAAAGUUGAAUUUGAAGCAUAGAAUUUCACCCGAAUUUGAUAUCAAAUUCAAAUUUAGCAUCCUGCACUGUUUUUGGCUAAAUGUGACUACUGCCAUAAAUUGUGCUUUCAUGUGGUACCACCAGAUACUGAAAUAACAAGUAACUGGACAAUCAAAAGGACAUCGCAUAUCUGACUGGUUCUCAUCGCAUAAUUUGAAAUCAAUUUGUCAGUUUCUGUUUUGUAUUCACCAUCUGUGUGACUGUUACGGCUUGUAUCUAAAUGUUUCCCCAAAGCCUCAUGUGGUCAUAGGUGGGGCUUCUCAGAGGUGGCUGG